AUGAGAAUCCUACAAGACGGGGAUGUUCCCAUUCCUCGCUCCCAGACCCCAGGCCACCCUUCACACCGAGCCCGCUUCCGAGCCCCCGGGGCACCCGCUCCAGGAGGGCUGCAGCCAGCCCGAGCAUCGCCCUUUCCCAAGCCCGCUCUCCCGCUUCGGGCCCCGCUUUGCUUCCACCACCCAGCCCCGAGGCACGGCUUCCCUCCAUCUCCCGACACCUCAGCUCGCGGCCGCGGGCGACCAGGCCCCUCCCCGGCCUCGCCCUUCCCUCCCUCGGGGUCUCUCGGCAGCAGCACCUCGGCGAGACGCUUCCGAAGCCAGGUCUGGGGCGCAGGGAGAAGCCCGGGGGCUCCGCGGGGCCGCGACCCCCGCCCGCCCGGCCGACUCGGGGCCCGGGCCUCGCAGCCGGGCUGGCUUCCCGGCCGCCGGGCCCGGACUGAUGGGAGGAGGAGGGCGGGCUCUUCUUUCGCUCCCACUGCCGCUGCCCCCCGGCCCGACCCUUCCCGUCCUCUCACCGAAAUCCGGGGGGACCAGGCCGCGUCCGCCCGCUCCCCUGCCCCGCGAUGCUUCCCUCGGCCGCCGCCGCCGCGCUCUCCUCACUCCCCUUCCCACCGCCCCCGGCCGGCAGCUGAAGAGCGGACAGACAGCGGCACUCCUAUUGGCUGUCCCCGAGCCUGGCGUCAGCCGGCACCGACCCGGACCGCAGAAUGCUAUUGGCUAGCCAGACGCCUCGUUCCCACGGCUCAAUUUUAUUGGUGCGUGGGCCCCUGGCUCCAGGACCGCUCUUCCUCCUCCCUCCUCCUUCUUCCCUCCUCCUCAACCCGUUUGGAUCAGGUUCGGAGGGGGCGAGGGAGGGGAGCUCCCGAGGAGGAGCGACGGGCUGGUCCGGCGGCGGCCAAUCGGGGUUCCGCUGGUCGGUCGGAAGGGGGCUUCCGGACCCGGACCCGGACCCGGACCCGGGGGAGGGGCCUGCCUAGCCAAUGGGCGUGUGCCCCACGGCCUGGGCCUCCAACCGCUUGGGGGCCCGCCCCGGCCUGGGCCGCUGGCCAGAGCCCCACCCGACCCAUGGGCCCCCGCCACACACUGCGGCCUGCAAGGGGAACUUGGCGACGAAGGCCCCCAGGAAGCGCCCGAGGCCCCGGACUCCGUCAGAGGAGGGCUGACGGAGGGGCAUCGUACGCACGGGGCCAUGGCCAUGCCUACGCGGGCCCCGGGCAUCCUAGUGACUGCUGGGGGGGGGGGGGGGCGGCCGCCUGGAGCCAGGGCGGCAGCUUGCCCAGGUGGGCAGGCUGCUACCUCCCGCCCCCGCGCUGCCCAUUCUCUCGGGCGCACCUGUACCGUCACCUGUGCUCGGGCAGCCCCCUUUCCAGAGACCCCCUUCGGCCGGGCGCUUUCCGCGGACAGCGCGUAACUCCCGUUAGACGGGGCAACGGCGCCGCUGGGGAUGGGAAGGAAGAGCCGAGGCGGCUGCGGGUGCCCCGGAGCUCAGCAGACCCCCGAGCAGGUCCUUCCCACCACCAUCAACCCUUGGCAUCUUUCAGCUUUGAGAAACGAUCUGCCCGGGGAGCCCCAAGCACCUGCCCAGACUGGGGACCGAGAGAGAGAUCAAUUUCUAGCAAGUCAGCGAGCGAUGGGUUUCCUUUUCAAUCUUUUUUUGCCUUGGUUGCCGUGGCCAAAUAAUCAGAAAAGUGGCCAACCUCCUCCAGCGAUAAGCCUCUCUAGGCUGCUCCUCGGAAAAACAGAUGAAGUGUCUCUUGCCCUGUCCUUACACCUUACUUGAGGACUAUCUUACAUGGUAAAACAAUCGAAUUGGUGCUUUGUUGACAUAAUUAUUGAUAAUUCGGGGUCACUUCCGUUUCAAAACUUCAAAAUAUCAGUGGAGUAGUAGAUCAGUUAAUAUCAAGAACAAGUUCUGGGGAACUAAAUCAAAUUGAUAAGAAUAAAAGUCAUUCCCAAACUGAUAAAUGAAUAUGAACAAGCAGGUUUUUUGGAGGAAGAAUUAAAAACUAUCAAUAGGCAUAUGAAAAAAUUCCCUAAGUCAAUAAUCAGGGCAAUGAAAAUUAAAACAACUCAGCUAAAUUGACAAAAAGCCAAAAGGACAAUGACAAAUACUGCUGUAGGAAAUGGGGUACUUUUGAAUGCUUUGAGCAGUGAACUGGUCUAAUUUUGAAAAGUAAUUUGGAGCAGUUAUACUCCAAUGAAUAAAUUGAUCAUACCUUUUGAUUUGGUUAAUUAAGUCUGUACCCUCAAGAGGCCAAAGAAAAAAGGACCAAUAUGUACAAAAAUAUUAGCUCUUUUGUGGUUGCAAAAAGAAAAAAAAAAAAAAAAAAAAAAAAAAAAAGGAAAAACAGAGGGUGCCCAUCAAUUUGUUAAAUACCUGGACAAGUUACAGUAGAGGAAUGUGAAGGAAUACUCUCUUCUUAUAAGAAAUGAUGAAAAGGAUGGCUUCAGAAAAGGCUGGGAACACAUGUAUGAAUUAAUAGGAUGAAGUAAAAACUAGAGAAAUAAUUUGUAGAAUAACAAUAUUGCAACAAUAAUUAAUUUUGAAAAACUUAGGAAUUCUGAUCAACAUUCAAUAAGCUGCCACAAUUUCAAAAGGACCCAUGAUGAAACACUUGUAUGAGGAUUUGUUUUGCUUGGGCUAUACAUAUUUAUAACAGGUUUUGUUUUUUUGGUUUUCUCAGUAGAAAGGACAGGAUGAAAGGAAGAAAUUCAGAACUGAAAAUUGAAUCUUAAAAAAUUUUAAAUCAAAUUUUAGAAGAGUAAAUAAUAGAUGUUUGAUAAAAACUUAGCUCCUGUGGUUUCACAUAGGAUAGGUUAGGCAAGAUGUGUGGCAAGUGUUGUGAAAAUUUGAUAUACUUUUGAUAUGUGCUGUCAUCAUAAUGGAUAUUAUAAAUGCAUAUUAUAAAUAAAGUACACUGUAUAAAUUUUUUUUAAUGCCAAAGAAAACUGAUCCUGUCCUGAAGAGUUUCCAACAUAAAUGAAAAGAGUUGAAAAUAUGAUGGAAUGAACACACACAAAAAAAGUCUCUCCCCUCCUCAAAACUAUAUAAGUAAUCUUAUAUAGAUUAAAUAUGUUCAAUUCUUUUAAACAUAUUGCCAUAUUUCUCAUGUUAUGCAAG